AUGGGUGGCGGCGGCGGCAAGCCUUUGAACAUCUUCCGCAUGGGAAGCUCCCUCGCGGAUGAACCCAAAGAAGUGCUCAAUUGGAGACUAUGGUUUGCUGUGUUCUCGUUUGGGAUCAUGGGAGCAGCCCGAGGUGUUGAUGAGGGGUUGAUAAGCGGCACUUUCAACACCGAACAUUUCCAGAAGCUCCUUGGGUUUGACGAACUCGCCGACGAUGAAUAUGCUGAUGUCAAAGGCAACGUCUCUGCCAUGGUGCAGAUCGGAAGCGUUGGCGGUGCUCUUUUGGCUUUCGUCCUCGCAGAUCGCAUCGGUCGUCUUUGGGCCACCCGUCAACUCUGUAUCCUCUGGAUCUUGGGGAUCGUGAUUUUCCUCACGAACAAUGGCCGACUGGGCCAAGUGUAUGCAGGGAGGUUCAUCGCAGGCCUGGGAAUUGGUCAAACCACUGUGAUCGCCCCGAUCUACCUGUCUGAGAUCUCCCCUAAGGCUGUCAGAGGGCUUUGCACUUGCGUCUUCUCAGGGUCUGUGUAUAUUGGCAUCAUGCUUGCGUAUUUUGCCAGCUGGGGUAGCAGUCUUCACAUCGACAAAAACAGCUACAACUCCUGGGUCGUGCCCACAUCCAUCCAUCUCAUGUUCGCCGGCAUCAUCUUCAUUCUGUCCUGGUUUAACAACGAAUCCCCACGCUUUCUCAUCAAGAAGGGCAGCGACGGUCAGGCUGUCGCCAACCUUGCUCGACUGCGAGGUCUCGAUCCCGACGAUGAGUACAUCACCGCUGAGAUCAACGGCAUCAAGCAUCAAUUGGCCGAGGAGGAGGAGGCGACCUUGGGCCAGGGAUUCUUUGGCUAUUUCCGUGAAAUGUUCUUGAUGCCCAACAACUUCUAUCGCAUCUACCUUGGCCUGGGAACACAGCUGCUCGGUCAAUGGUCGGGCGCCCAGAGCAUCACUAUCUAUGCUCCGGACAUGUUCGCCUUGCUUGGCACCAAGGGCCAGAACGAAAAGCUCUAUGCAACUGCCAUCUUCGGCGUCGUCAAAUUCGCCGCAUCCAUCAUUUGUGCCCUGUUCCUUGUCGACGUGAUCGGACGAAAACGAUCUCUAUCUAUCGGCAUCGCCCUGCAAGCCAUAUCCAUGUGCUACAUCGCAGCAUUCUUAACGGCAGUUCCGGACAUUGAUGAAGACACCGUCUUCACGCCUUCUCAAAAGCAUGCAUCGACAGGCGGCAUCGUCAUGAUCUAUAUCUCGGGUUUCGGAUGGGCAAUGGGUUGGAACAGCAUCCAAUACUUGCUGAACGCGGAGAUAUACCCUCUGCGGAUUCGUGCGAUCAGCAGCUCCCUAGUAAUGUGCUUCCACUUCGUCAAUCAAUACGGUAACUCGCGUGCCGUGCCUAACAUGCUCCUACCUACGUCGAACGGCGGCCUUUCCCCCAAUGGGACGUUCUGGUUCUUUACGGCGAUCACCAUUCUUGGCGGUAUCUGGGCAUGGUUCUUCAUCCCCGAGACAUCCGGUCGCAGUCUCGAAGGCAUGGACGCACUGUUCAAGCUGCCCUGGUACAAGAUCGGCCGGUACGGACAGAGGGAGGCCGAGGUUAGUGAUCAAUUUGCGAGGGAGCGUGUCUUGGAGGAGAAAUCUGGUGCUGGGGGAAGCGCUGCCCAGGUGGAGGUUGUGCGCCAGGAGAAGGUGUGA